UCUUUUCCACCUCUCUUCCAUCCUCCAUCCUUUUUUUUCUCUUUCCUCUUUCUUUUCCAUCCUUUCUCUUCCUCAUCUCUUCCCCUCUUCCCUUUUCCUCUUUUCCUCUCUUCCUCCCGUCCUUUUUCCGUCUCUUCUCCCUCUUAUCCUUCCUUUCCUCUUCCUCUUCGUUUCAUCCGUCAUCACCACUCCCACCACCAUUUCUUUCGCCGUUCCCCCUCGGUCUCUUCCACCGUUUUCUCUUCUUCGUCCUUUCUUCCUCUCUGUUCCUGACUAUCGCGUCAUCCUUGUUUGUUCUCCUACGAACUCUUCGCACUCCCGUCGAAUCGCCAUCCCGCUAUUUCUCCCACUCUUCCCCUCCUCUCCGUUCCUAGGUAAGUGAAUAACACUCUUACGAUUUAUAUUGUGGAUUUGUCUUCGGUUCAGUCUUCAUAACUUUUCUUUGCUUUUUUCUCCCUUCCACCACCCUUUUUCAUUUUUUGUCAUGCCCUGUCGUUUGCCCCUCCUCCCCCUCGUUCGAGUCUCGUGCGACACGCAGUG